AUGAGCUUCUGGGUGUUCUACUUCCGCAUCAAGCAGUGGGAUUCGGGCAUGAUCCUGCAGUUCAGCCUGGUCCUGGGAGAUAUUCUGAUCAUCCCCGUUGCUCCACUCAGGAUUUCCUACCUCAGCCUUGGCAACCAGUGGCCAUUUGGGCAGUUUCUCUGCCAGUUCGAAGUCUUCCUGCACAGCUCCCACAUGUACAGUAGCAUCUAUUUCCUGACGCUCAUCUGCAUUCACCGGUACUUUGUCAUUGUACGGUACAAGAGCAAGUCCCUCUGGAAGAAGAGGAGCUUCUUGAAAAAGCUGUCCUUGUUUGUCUGGCUCGUUCUCCUUGUCCAAGGACUGCCUUUCUUCUUCCUCCUCAAGACUUCAGUUAUUAAUGGCUCAGCAAAAUGCCUAAAUAUUCAUCAGUCAGAGCUGUCCUCUGUUUACUACUUCUACAACAUGGCUUUGGUCGUGCUCUCUUUCCUCCUGCCCUUUGCCAUUUCCUUGACUUACGGAGCUCUGUUGGGAGCUGCCAUUGCUAAAGCAGCAAAGAAAAGCUCCAGUGGCAAGAAGAUGAAGAGCAGGUCUCUGCAGAUGAUAACGGUGUCUCUGGUGAUUUUUGCUGUCUGCUUUGGCCCCCUGCACAUCUGCAGGACCAUUGGCGUCAUUGUGAAGUACUACGACAUAUCUUGCAAGCUCUUGCAGCAAGUAGAAGUUGCCUACUACGUCAGCUGGGUGUUAACCAUGGCGAAUGCCUGUCUGGAUCCCCUGAUUUAUGUCUUUGCUAAUGACAAGUUUAAAAAGAGCUUUGCUGACUCCUUUCGCAAACGCUGGGGUACCAAGUGA